AUGGCUUCUUAUUGUUUUAUUUUUGUUUAUAAUAUUGUGUUCCUCCUGGUUUCGGUUCUUCUUGUUUCCGCCUCUGGGGAUCACCCAAGUGUCAUUGCCUCUGUUAUCCCUUCCGUAGAUACAGGAGCUCUUGCUACAGAUAACUACGUCUGUGACACUAAGAAAAAUGUAUACACGACUCAGGUUUGGGGUCCAACUUCAGAUUGCUUAGUCUGUACAGCUUAUUGUUAUGGUGGGUGUGCUGCGUUGCGCACCCACGGAGCGUUAUCCCCGACAUGCACACGUUCAGGUAAAAACGUUCGUUGUGAAUGCUGUUGUGUAAAACCAGCAUCUCCUCCACCACCCCCGUCAUGUCCUCCUCCUACUCCUCUUCCACCACCCCCACCAUGUCCUACACCUCCUUCGAGCGAUCAGUGUGAAAAUGGAGAUACAUACACAGAGACUACGAUGCCAAGCUCAAAUUGCGUUGAUUGUACAAAUUGGUGUAAAGAAGAUUGUUCGGAGUUAGGAGGGCGUGUGAUCGAGAACAAGUGCGCCAUAGGUGAAUCUAAAUUUGUAAGGCGUUGCAAGUGUUGCUGUCGUGGAGGAAAGUCUGCUCUAAAGUUGUCCUAGUUUUCCUUCGGAUGUUACAUGGACCAUGCGACUACAAGCUACUGUCAUCAUUCAAUGUAACCUCCAGCCCAUCAAUCAAUCAUAAAUAAGAUGGGAUCCAUCAAGAAGCUUUUAUUUGUCACUGUAACUGCUAAGUUUUAAUUCGUAUUUAUCAACUGUAAGUAUGUAACUGUUAAGUUUUAGUUAGUAUAUAGGACCAGGGGUGUGCAUGGACCGGUAUGGUCCGGUUUUCACCUCAUCCGCAUCCAAUUCAAUUCACUGCGGAUUUCAAAUUUGGCAUCCGCAACCAAUCUAACAUCCAACGGUUUUGCAUCCAGUAGAUGCACGGAUGAACGGAUUGGGUGCGGAUAAUCCAAUGGACUUGUGUUAGUUAAGAUUUAUAAUGAAAAA